AUAUGUGUGAUUAGGUUAUCAACUUGGAACUGCUUUUAUUUUAAAGACAGGAACAUAUCUCGAGAUUAAACCUAUAUUUGCGGUUUUGGAAGCAAUCUUUAUCUUGUCUUUAAUGGAUAACUAUGGCCUCACACAUAAAAAAAAGCAUAAAGAUGCCCAGAGUUCACAGCUAAAGUUCAAAACAUGGUUGCCACAAUUUACCAUAUUGGCAUUUAGUCCAUUGCCAUUAGGCAACUGUUUUGUAGUCCGUUGCCACCAAGAACGAAAACUGGUUGCCAUUGGUAGUCAGAAAACUCUGAGUUUCUUUAAUAUUAUGUUAAUACAAGGGAUUUAUUCAAAAUGUCACCACCUGCCAUUUGUUACAGACAAAGCAAUGCUCAAACUACAGUUCAUUUGUCACUCAUUUAGUUACUGAACAAGAUAUAUCAACUUUGGGUACAUAAAGGUGUAAUUUAUUAUAAAUAUUAUAAUUGUACAUCAAGUACAAUAUCGCAAUAUUUACAGCUUUAAGCUCUUAGACUAAUACAGUCCUACUUUGUAGGAACUGCCACUUACAUAAUUAUACACUGUAUUCAUUCUUAUAAGACACUGGCACAUGUUACACAUCAUGGUUAAGGUAGUUCCAUAUG